CAAGCAGACUUAUUGAGUGUGGACUCAUUAACUAAAUUAAUGGAAACCAUAAACGAGAAGGACAAAGAAGAAAAUGCUGAAAUGCACAGUCUUCUCAGGAAAUUAGAGCAGCUCAAGAAACGGAAACAACGCAGAGAGGAGAUGAUGGAGCACAUUACGUCUUUCAUAAGGGAGGAACAGGGAAAUGAGAACAAUGAACCAGUACAGUCUUCUCCUGCACCUUCUAAUCCAUCAAGUCCUCCACCCUUACCCUCAUGGGACACAGUACCACAAUCAGAGCACCAAGUUGCUGCAGGCUUAUCAAUGGGACCAGAGAAGUCGUCACAUCAGAUGUCAGUUAUGGUUUCUAGACCAACGGUGGGGAGCCAUAAUGCUGCUUAUGAAUCAGUCAAUCAGAGUCGUCCACAAACUACAGGUUUAUUGUGUUCCCCUCCCUCAUCUGGCAUGGCAUCUCCUGUUCCCCAUCCGCCACAGUCACAGCUAUAUGAGCCCAUGUCCUCUCAGGCUCCCAGACCUCUCCCUAGGCAGGAACAAGCUAGCACUGCUCAUUCAGAACGAUCAUUUCACCCCCUUGAACCACAGGUGAUUUCGCCAACACCAGUCUAUCCACGUUCUAUGGCACCUUAUGGUUAUAUUGCAACACCAUACUCACAAAUGCAGUUGGUGAAUGCACCCAAUUCACACAAUCUUGCCCCUCCGUAUCAAGCAAUGAUGUCAUCAACAUUACUUCCCCAAAAUAUGUUCUCAGGCCCAAUGCCUUCAGUGAGCACGGCUGCAGUCGCACCACAGUUGGUCACAGCUCAGGUAGCAGCACCACCCAAUGGUAGUAUACCUCAACGUGCCCUAUACAGCCCCCCAAAACCAAAAAUUCCAGACUUCACAAACGACAGUGAACGAGAUUUUGCUAAUAUGAAGCUAGCAUUGGACAAUUUGCUUGAACCUUACCCUGAACUUACAGAAAAGUACAAAUACCAUGUACUAUUGGAGCAUCUUAAACUUCCUGAAGCUCAGAUGAUAGGGCAGUCAUGUAGGCAUCAUCCAUAUCCCUAUUCAGCAGCUAUGCAAGCACUUCAAUUACAGUAUGGUCAGCCCCAUCAACUGGCUCAAAGUGAAAUAGCAGCCAUCCUUACAUCACCAGAUGUAAAGCCCAAUGAUGGUCAUAGCUUUCAGAGUUUCGCUUUGAGAGUUCAUCUUCUGGUCAGUAUGCUGCUGUCACUAGAGGGACCCAGAGGGAUGGAGCUUAACUGUUGCUCGCAUGUGGACCGCUUGCUUAGCAAGCUACCAAAAUACCUUCGAGAUGGCUUCAUUGAGUUCCUUCAACAGCAGGGAAAACUUAAUGCCUUAAGUUUGAACCCUUAUAAUCUGCAGGACUUCGCUGGGUGGCUACAAGUCAAAGCACAGCAGCAGCGGCUGUCUAAUCGACUAAUGCAACGCUAUCAACAUGAAAGGCCUUCAAGUAUUGGAAAGGAGAAAACUCAAGCCAUAACAAAGGGGACAAGUUUAGUACUUUAUCAGGGUGCGGCCCCAAAUGAGACUGCUCUCCCUACCCAUCCUAAAGAGAACAAACAAAGGAAGCCACUUAAGGUACAAUGUCUGUUCUGCAAUAGUAAAGAACAUUACAUUACACGCUGCGACAAUAUCAAAGAGCAGUCAGUCGCAGAGCUCCAUAAGUGGAUUUCAGAUGGAAGGCGAUGCUGGAAAUGUGCACGAUUUCAUGCACCAGAGAUGUGCAACCUCAAAAAGCCAUGCAGUGACUGUGGUAGAAUACAUCUACAGGUGCUCCAUCGUAUCGCAUCUAAUGAUCAACCAAACACAUCAGGUAUGCCAGAGAGUCGUAUUUACCUCACCCCUGCCAGUGUGACCUGUAGAGUGCUUCUUAAAAUGGUUCCAGUGUUGCUACAUGGCAAGUUCAAAUCAGUAGAAACCUAUGCUAUACUAGAUGAUGGAGCGCAACGAACCAUUGUCUUACCAAUGGCUGCACAGAUGCUUCAGUUGAAAGGUGAACCUGAAGUACUGACUUUACGCACAGUGCGAGCAGAUGUUACCCAUCUUUCUGGAUCCAAGAUAAAUCUGGAAAUUUCCCCAAAAGGCGAACCCAAUAAACGUUUCCAGAUACUUGACGCCUUCACAGCUUCCGGUUUGGAUCUAGUUGAGCAAUCAUAUCCAGUACAGAGACUUCAAAAGCUGUAUGCUCACCUUAGAGGGCUCCCUCUACAGUCCUUCCACAACGUACGCCCACUAGUACUGAUCGGAUCAGAUCAUGUUCAUCUUAUCACAGCCGAUAAGCCAGUCCACCAAGGAGUCAAAGGUGGCCCAGUUGCAAUACACACAGCCCUCGGAUGGGCAUUACAAGGAGCAGAGAAGAGCACACCAAUCCACAAUUCAGUACAGCAGUGUCUUUUUACAUCGGCCUCCUGUCCCAAUGACUUGCUUUAUCGCAGUGUUGAAAAGUUAUGGCAACUAGACAUCUUGCCUUAUCGAAAUGAGAAACUGGUGGUUAGAUCCAGGGAAGACCAAGAAGCAAUCAAACUUCUUGAGUGUAAAACACAGACAAUUAAUGUGGAGGGUGUCCAGCGGUAUGCCACCCCUCUCCUGCGCAAACCUGGGGCUCCUACACUAUUGAGUACGACUCGAUCCGUCAUGCCUACUUUGAGAAGUAUUGAGAGGAAACUCCAGAGAGACCCUGAGAAAGCAACCAUCUACUCUCGUGAGAUUGAGAAGCUCAUUAAAGCAGGCUAUGUCACUAAAAUUCAUCCAGAAGAAAUCAGCCAGUCCAAAGAGGCCUGGUACAUACCCCACCACCUGGUGUGUCACAAUGAUAAACCAAGACUGGUCUUCAAUUGCUCAUUCAGGUCUCAAGGUCAGUCUCUGAAUGAUCAACUUCUCCCAGGGCCUGCACUUGGUCCAUCCUUAUUGGGCGUUCUUCUAAGAUUUCGUCAAUACAAUGUGGCUGUAAGUGCAGAUAUCCGGGGAAUGUUCCAUCAGGUUCGCUUGUUACCUGAGGACAGACCUCUUCUCCGCUUCAUUUGGCGAGAUCUGCAAUAUGAGAAUUGUCCAGAUGUAUAUGAAUGGCAGGUUUUGCCAUUUGGUACAACCAGUAGCCCAUGUUGUGCCAUUUUUGCUGUGCAGCAGCAUGCUCGCAAUUACCAAGAGAGCUACCCAAGUGCUUUACAGACAAUCCAGCAAAGCUUCUAUGUGGACAAUUAUCUAGCGAGUUUUCCCACUACAUCGGAAGCCAGGGUGUCCGUUGAUCAACUGCGCAGCCUACUAGCUACAGGUGGCUUUGACCUUAGACAAUGGGCUAGCAACCAGCCCGCAGUGAUCUCACAUCUACCCACUGAGGCAAGAUCUUCAGCUGCAGAACAAUGGCUUGCACAAAAUAGAACUGAUCCAAUGGAACCAACUCUGGGCCUCAGGUGGAACUGUGCUGCUGAUACACUGGGAUACCACUAUCGUCCAAUAGAACAUGCUACCCUGACAAUGAGAACAGCGUAUCAAAUACUAGCCACACAGUAUGAUCCACUGGGCUUCAUUGUGCCCUUUACCACACGAGCCAAGGUGCUCAUUCAACAGUUGUGGUCUAAAAAGCGAGAUUGGGACGACCCAAAUUUACCACAAGAUCUCAGCAGGGCCUGGGAAACAUGGGAGAAUGAGUUAAAACAUCUCAGCGAUAUAACCAUACCUCGUUGCUACUCAUCUAUUCCCCACGAUGCACAACAACAGUACGAACUACAUGUGUUCUGUGACGCAUCCGAACGGGCUUAUGGGGCUGUGGCUUACUUGGUGGAAUAUGCAGAUGUUAUUCAUUCAACCUUUGUCAUGGCCAGAUCAAGAAUUGCUCCUAAGAGGCAACAAUCCAUACCUCGACUGGAGUUAUGUGCUGCACUAGCAGGUGCACAGCUGGCAAAGCUCCUGAAGGAGGAGAUCACCCUUAAAAUCCAGCAGAUAGUUUUAUGGACUGAUUCUACAACUGUGCUAGAGUGGCUCCAGUCCGAUUCAUGUCGAUUUAAAGUUUUUGUUGGAACACGGGUCUCAGAAAUCCAGGAUCUGACUGAGCAUAGUACUUGGCGCUAUGUUGACACACAGCAAAACCCAGCAGAUGAUAUCACCAGGGGUAAACCACUCCAAAGUUUUACCAUUCCUGGGCGCUGGAGUCAGGGACCCUCAUUCCUAAACCUGGGUCCUGAGCACUGGCCAAAAAGACCUGAACCAUCAAGGUCAGAAGGAUUACCUGAUUUAAAGGGUGCCAACAUCUGUUGUUUAAUGACUGUGGUGCCAGAUCAUACUUUCCCCGAUGCCACUCAUUUCCAUACAUGGAAAGAGUUAGUGGAAGCGACUCGACAGGCCGAUGGAAAGGCGACAGGUAGUCAACCAGAUACUCAACUCAUGGACCAUCGCACAGCAGAAUUGGAAUUAAUAAAAGGGUGUCAGGCUCAAAGCUUUCCCGAGGAGACCGCAGCCCUCAAAAUGCACAAACCUGUACCAAAUCACAGUCGAUUAAGAUGUCUUGCUCCAGAGUGGGAUCCGGUGAUGGAGGUAAUUAGAGUCGGAGGACGAUUACGAAGGCUGGAAAGCCUAAAUGCUGAGGAAACUCACCCUAUAGUAUUACACCCACAGCAUCCAACCACAAAGCUUCUCAUCAAAGAGUUUGAUGAGCGCCUGCUCCACCCAGGUACAGAAAGAGUGUACGCCGAACUUCGGAGACAAUAUUGGAUCUUGAGGGGGCGGCAAGCUGUUAAACAUCACCAGCUUAAAUGUUCAUCAUGCCAACGAUGGAGAGCUCAGCCUAAAGUACCAAAAAUGGCAGACCUCCCACCAGAGCGGCUCAGGAUUCUUUGCCCACCAUUUUACUCUACUGGAGUAGACUGUUUUGGUCCAUAUCAGGUAAAAAUAGGCAGACGAGUGGAGAAACGUUGGGGAGUCAUUUUUAAAUGUCUCACAACAAGAGCGGUUCACAUUGAGCUCCUCAACUCCAUGGAUGUGGAUGCCUUCUUGCUUGCUUUGCGACGAUUCAUGGCCAGACGUGGCAGACCAAAGGAGCUUAGGUCAGAUUGUGGUACAAACUUCCGUGGGGCUGAUCGAGAGCUAAGAGAAGCCUUUGCUGCCAUGGAAUCCCCAUUAAAAGAGCGGCUAGCUGAUCAUCAGAUCACAUUUAAGUUCAACCCUCCUCAUGCACCGCAUUUCGGUGGCACUUGGGAACGAGAGGUUCGUUCCAUAAAGACUGCUCUACGGGCAGCAGUUGGUGGCCAGUCUGUCUCAGAAGAUGUCCUCACUACUGUAUUAGUAGAGGUAGAGGGCAUUUUGAACUCAAAACCGCUUGGAUAUGUCUCCACGGAUAUUGCAGAUCCAGAUCCUAUUACACCAAACCUUCUCCUCAUGGGGCGGCGGGAUGCGUCACUCCCACAAGUGACUUAUGCUUCAGGGGAAAUGGGACGGCGCAGAUGGCGCCAUUGUCAAAAUCUUGUGGAUCAGUUCUUGACUCAGUUUACAAGGAAUUACUUGCCCACACUACAAACCCGCCAAAAGUGGCAAACUUCAUCCGACAAUCUAAAAGUGGGUUCAGUGGUUUUGAUUGUUGACCCACAAUUGACAUAAAUGUUCAAGGUAAAGUGUACACUAGGCCAGUAGCCCGGCUCAUUCAGUUGCCAGCCUUUCAAGAUGACAGUAAAGACUCCUAAAGAAUUCUCUUGACUUGCACAUUUGCUGUUCAAAUGUGGGGGCGGCUGUUCUGAAUUCUUUAUACUAUGGCUGUAACACGAUUUACUGAGUGUUCUGUUAAGGGCUUAUAUUAUGAAUGUAGGAUGUAACUUCCGGAGGAUGCAUAUUUGAGUCCAUAUAUGAGAAGUUGAAUGUGCUGACUCAUGAGUGAGACGCGAUUGCCAUCCGUGAGAUAUUGUGAAGUGCGGGGUAAAGUUAUUGCCAAGAAACUACCUCCCUGCUCAUAAAUAAAAGAUUGAAAUUAUCUCCUGACUCCUACUCCUUAACCAGAGUGCUGAAGUGGUCAGCAACAUUUAAAGAACUGGCAUUCUAAAUUGGGCAAUACCCAACAAAUGGUCCUUCGAGCCGGAGCACUGACUGCUUCAGAA